GGUGAAGACGCAUAUGUACAAACUUCUACGUACUAGCGUAUACAAGCGUUACAAAGUUGUGUAUCAAAUAACGGAUAAACAAGAUUCCAUCGAAACGGUAAAUUUACGCACGUAACGCUGACUCGCGUGUUCGGCCGAUCGAUCGCUACUACGAGGGAGCGAUUGGUUCGUUCGUUUCAUCGUUUACUCGUACUCGGGUGUUGGUCGAUAGCAUCGAAAUAAUGUUUCUAUCCGUCAAGAAAUUUGUACACUACGGAGUGUUGUUACUGUUAUGGAUCAAAUCAAGUUAUCAGCAAGAAGAGGAUAUACCUCAUAACGAAGUGAAAAACUGGGCAUUGAAAUUUGGAGUGGAUUUAUGGGAAUUUGGCAGACAAGUUACGAAAAUGAGCGAAAUACAAAGGAAAUAUCACGAUAUGGAGGCCGAAGUUGUGAAAAAAGAUGGUGUCCUGUUAGUACGAGAAAUGGCUGCGGAAGUGAAAAACAUGUUAGAUUUUAAAAUGAACGCUGUUAUGAGAUUGGUGGAGAGCGCCGAACAAGCGGCUGUAUCGGCACCCAGAGACGGAAACGUAUCACCGAAAUAUUACGCUUCUCAACGUUUCGACUCUUCUUCGGGUGAAGGAAAAGCAUCGAUAACCGUACAAGAAACUUUCCUUUCAUCGAAUCGACAUUUCGAUCAUUUGGCCGUAAACGUUACACUCUCCACGGUUUUGUUACCGGAUGGAGUGAAACAAAUUGAUCGCGAAGUAGCCGCUGGAAUUCAAUGGAGCGAAUAUUUGGAUUUAUUGUUCGUUAAUAAUUACGAAAGCGAUUCUUCCCUUUCUUGGCAAUAUUACGGCGCAACUUCAGGAUUUUUAAGACGUUUUCCCGCAAUUUCCUGGCCACCCGUCAACGAUCGUGCUUACGGUGCGGAUAAAAAUCGAGCUAUUCGAGAUGUAUACGAAUUUCGAAUUUCCGAUUGGUUCGUCGGCGCAGCAAAUAGUCCCAAGGAUUUGGCUAUAUUGAUCGAUAUCGAGUGCUACGCGUCGGAAAGGAACAAACGACUAGCCGUAACCACGGUGAAAACUAUCCUCGACACGUUAGGCCCGAACGAUUACGUGAACGUUUAUCGUUACGGAGACACCGCGGAGGAGAUCGUACAAUGCUUCAAAGAUAGUUUGGUGCAAGCAUCGCCGGAAAACGUGCAUGAUUUGAAAAUAGCGAUGAGCUCUAUGAAACACGAAGAAAUACCGACAAAUAUAUCCGCCGCUCUCGCGACCGCUUUUGAAAUUUUGCACAGAUAUAACAGAACAGGACAAGGAAGUCAGUGCAACCAGGCGAUCAUGUUAAUUACUGCCGACAAUGCCGGCUUACCUACAGAGGUGAUAAAACGAUACAACUGGCCUCAUAUGCCUGUUCGUAUCUUCACAUAUCUAAUUGGUGGUGACAAAAGUCCGGAAUUACGCAACACGGCAUGCGCCAACAAAGGAUUCUAUGCAAGGAUCACCGAAUUGGAAGACAUUAGAAGCAAAGUUUUCGAAUACGUAAAGGUGCUUGCUCGGCCUAUGGUGUUGUAUCAACACGAACACCCUAUUCACUGGAGUCCGGUUUACGUCGGUGGAAAGAGCAGCAGAUAUGGCAAAGAGAAUAUCGGACAGUUAAUGACAUCGGUUACAGCGCCUAUUUUAGAUCGACGAAAUUAUACGGUGAAGACAGCUAAUUUAUUGGGUAUCGUCGGCACCGAUGUACCCGUAGAAGAGAUACAGAAAUUGGUUCCCCCUUACAAGUUAGGUGUCAACGGAUAUUCUUUUAUUGUCGACAAUAACGGCCGUGUUUUAUAUCAUCCGGAUUUGCGACCAUUGCCGGGAAACAUAGACUACGAGGAAACGUUAAAACCUACAUAUAUCAGCGUUGACUUAUCGGAAGUCGAACUCGCCGAAUACGACGGCCCAUUACAUCCAUUAAACAAUUCUCUUCUUCUCGACUUGAGGCGCGAUAUGAUCGAUCAAAAAGAAGGAGAGACUAAUUUUGCGAUCAAAAUUCACUACGAUAACAUGAAACGUGUCACCAUUAGACGUCACAAUUAUUUUUAUAAAUCGAUAGAAGGAACGCCGUUUUCAUUGGGAUUAGCGUUGCCCGAAGGUUACGGUAUGUUUGAAUUGUUGGCCGAACAAGAAAUCAAACAUGCGAUAAUAAAUGUAACCGAGUAUUUUAAGGGGAACAAUUGGAAGGUACAUCCUGACUGGGUGUAUUGCGAAUAUAGUUCGGCUUCCGAAAAAUGGUUUCCAUCCCCGGAGGAACGCGUUCUACAUUUCUUGACGCGAACGCGAAGUCCGGGAUGGAAAUGGAUGUCCUUGAGGCCAAGGAGUCCAAGCUCGCAUCACAAGCAAGCGAGCAAACCCGACAAAGAUGCUUAUUACUGUGAUAAGAAAUUAGUGCAAUCCCUAGUGUUGGACGCGUUGGUCACCGAUGGCUUCAACAAAAGAGGUGCGAUGCACAAAGAAGAAAAUCAAAACCAAGGAACGAGUACAUUUGGCGUAACACGGAGUUUCAUCGCAACUAGAAGUGGCUUAUUUCGUUGGCACGAGCAUCAACAAAACACCGAAGAUAACACCGAUGAAUCACCAUUCGCCGAGAAAUAUGCAAGAGCUAUGGAUUCCUCGUGGUAUAAACGCGCCGUGGAUCAACACUCGAUAGAACCGGAUAG